AUGUCUCAGGUGGAAGAUUCAACACUACUCACUACCCGUGCCCACGAAGCAGAUCGUCAAGCUCGUGAGGUCUAUCGGUAUUUCCAACCAGCCAAUCCGGCCGCGCUCAACGCAGCAUGGAUUCCGCGCUCUGCUGCUUCCGAACUUGCAACCGAUUCCAGCACCCUGUCUAGUCCAAAUACGACAUUGACCUCAUUCGCACAGCAAGCAGCCAUACGCCUCAACGCGCAGCGUGCCUUUAUCACUAUAUUGAAUCACGAUUCACAGUUUAUCGUAUCCGAAGCCACGAAGACUACAAAUAGUGGCAACUCGAUGUUGUCGACGGCGGAAGGAGAUGAGCUUUUUGCCGGAACAUCGACUUUGCCAAACGCUUGGAAUAUAUGCUGGGAAACAGUCUCGAUUGCCUCAGAAUUGGAAGAUGGAACCUUUCCCGUACUGGUCGUCAACGACCUGACUCAAGAGGAGCGCUUCAAACAAUUGCCAUUUGUCGAAGGAGAGCCACACUCUCGCUUCUAUGCCGGAACCCCCUUGAUCACCGACAACGGUAUCAAACUAGGAUGCCUUUUCGUUUUGGAUUCUCAGCCCCGUGAUGGCCUGUCUGAAAGUGAGAAGGACGCACUAGGAACAGUGGCAGCGAUGGUCAUGGACUAUCUACACGUCAGCCGACAGGCCGUCGAAGGGAGCCGCGCCGCGCGGCUGUCACAGGGUCUCCGUUGUUUCGUCGAUGGCAAAUCCAGUUUCUCCGACAAUCACCACAUGUCUCGCUCCCCAAGUUCAAACUCUAGUUCGUCCUCGCGGGGAUCAACACACACUCGGACGAGCCGAUCUUCUAGCUCUCAAACCAGCGACUUGGGAUCUUGCUUGAAUUGUGAUGAAACCGGCGAUGCGCGCUCUCAGACCGGCGACGCUCGGUCUUUAAGCGCAAUUUUCAACAAGAAUUCGGAAGGAGAACCUUUUGCAAAUGCAGCGGCUUCACUAAGAAGCUCUCGUCGAGGCGGCAGCAGGUCAUCAAUAUCUUCGGAUAGCAAUGACAGGAUUUUUCAACGAGCUGCAAAUAUUUUAAGACAAGGUUUAGACUUGCACAGUGCUGGCGGCGUGAUAUUUCUUAAGGUUGGCGACGUCUCUCCAGAUGAUUUAUCUCAAAGCGACUCUACUUCUGUCAAUGCUGAAAGUCCUGCGCCUGUUCUUUCCAUUUCCACCAGAGAUGACCCAUUGUCAUCUCAGGAAAACUCAUCGUCGCCAUGCGCAGCUGCCAGUAUUGACAAAAAACAACGCAAAAAGCACAAGGCCUCAGAAACCAUCAAACUCAAUUCGUAUUUUCCUAAUGCGUGCCAAGUCAUGUUUGUUCCAUUGUGGAACGCUACCAAUUCCGAGUGGUUUGCUGGAUGUUUCUGUUGGAAUCCCCAACCGACACGAGUUUUCAAUCGUGCUGUUGAUCUGACCUCAAUAUUUGGCUUUUCAUCUUCCAUCAUGACUGAAUACAGUCGUGUUGAAUCGGUUAUCACAGACCGCCAGAAGGGAGAUUUUAUCAGCAGCAUCUCACACGAGCUUCGCAGCCCGCUGCAUGGUGUACUGGCUGCUACAGAGUUUUUGGGAGAUACUCAUCUAGACGAUUUCCAGGAAUCCCUCCUUGAGACUAUCAAUGCCUGUGGGCGAACAUUACUGGAUACGAUGAACCAAGUGCUAGACUUUAGCAAAAUCAUGUCAUUGGAGAGGCAGGAGAGAAGGUCUAGGCGGAGAAAGGAUUCGUUGAAGCCGAAGCUUACCGAGGAAAACCCAGCGCGCAUGGAUCCAUUUGUGGCGACAAAUGUGGCUACACUGACAGAGGAAGUUGUCGAUAGUGUGCACUUGGGCCAUUCCCAUAUGAAACAGUCUACAGCGCGGACCAAUCGUCCAAAAGUCGUUCCACCAAGUUUGCCUAAUCAACUGGCAAGAGCGGACAAGGAAGUUAACGCCAGUCCAAACGUGGAGGUUAUUGUCAAUAUUGCUAGCAACGACUGGGUGUACAAAGUUCAGCCCGGAUCGUUAAGACGCCUUAUCAUGAAUCUUCUCGGCAAUGCCCUUAAGUACACCGAGAAGGGCCUGAUUUCAGUUUGCGUCGAGGCCAAUCGGUGUUCGAAAGGUCGUUCGCGACGUCGGGAUGCCGUGGAUAUGGUGACCUUGACUAUAUCCGACACAGGGAAAGGGAUUUCGAGCACAUACCUACGGACUCGCUUGUACACUCCAUUCUCGCAGGAGGAUAAUCUGUCAGUGGGUACCGGCCUCGGUCUGUCAAUUGUUCGUGGCAUUGUGGAUACACUCGACGGAAGCAUCGACAUCCAAAGCCGAGUGGGUGAAGGCACUGUGGUUAAAGUCUCGAUUCCUCUCGAGCGUCCAAUCAAGGAAGAAAAAUCAUCAUCAAUUAAUGUGGACUGUGCCGGAAAUUCGCCCAUCCCGUCCACACAACUUUCUUGUAUGGGGUUAACGAAGAACCUUGUUGCCUUUGGGGGAAUUUAUUCCUCAUCCCUCAUCGAAAAUCAGUUCUGGUCUUCGAUCGCUCAAUAUGUGACGGAUUGGUAUGGCAUGAAAGUCGUGCCUUGGUCCGCCAAUGAACAUGUUGAUUUCGUGUUUGUCAAUGAGACCGACUUGUCCGAAGAAAGAGUACGGCAAUCAAUUACUGGAUCACCAAACUUGCUCGUCUUUUACAACGAAUGGGACAACUCCGGUAACCCCAGCAAAAAGUGGUCACACCUUGCUGAGACCCUCGGUAUUCUACGUCGACCUUGUGGUCCACAGAGACUCGCCAGAGGUAUAUUGGGCUGUCUCAAUUCGACACCCGCGUCUCGUAGGUCGCGUCCACCUACUGCUGGACUAGAAUUCGCCGUUCCAGAACGACCCAAGCUUGCAGGCCCGUCCCCAAUGGCCGAGACUUUAACACAUUCGUCACCUGGGCAUCCAGACAGAACAGCUGCCAAGUCAUUGGAAUUCACACCAGACCCACAGUCAAAUGUUGGCUCCACCGGGCAUGAUAAUCCUGGGCUGCGUUUGGGAACAGAAAUCUCCGGUCAUACCACGUCUACUCUCACUAGUUCCGCCAGUCUGAAUCCCACUGGUACGCUAAAUGGGAGUCGGAGCGGACCUCGGAUUUUGCUGGUGGAUGAUAACGAUAUCAACCUCCGCCUGACGACGACUUUCAUGGACAAACGAAAGGUCCCGCUUUUGGAUAUAGCACAGAACGGCAGAGAAGCAGUAGAAUGCGUCGAGGGGAUGUUGACAGGAUAUGACCUCAUUUUCAUGGAUAUUUCUAUGCCCAUCAUGGACGGAAACGAAGCAACACGCGCCAUUCGCACGAUAGAAAAAGCACGAGAUGGAUGCGAUCGGGCAAAAAUCAUUGCUUUUACGAGCCUUAGCAGCUCCCAUGCGGAGGCCACGGCGCUAGACUCAGGAGUGGAUCUAUUCCUUACAAAACCUGUUUCGUUCAAGAAAAUAUCGAGAUUGCUGAAUGAGUGGGAAACUGAACAACCAAAUUGA